UAUUCUUAUGUACGCUAGUAGAUGUCAUUUAAAUUACCUCAAGAAACGGAUUUGUGUGCAGGGAGUCGCAAAAAUUCAAGAAUUUUUUGAGUCUGUGUAAAAAAUAUCUCAUAGACAAACUAACCCUGAAUUAAGCCGUACCGUAAAUAUAGACCUUACAGCCAACAGUGGAGAAAGAAGUGACCGAAAGCAGACGUAAAACAAAUUUAGGAUUUUUUCAAUUGUACCACACCACCAGAAACAGCCACAACACCGAGUAUCUGUAUUUCUCAAAAGGAGAGGAAAGAAGAAGAAAAAACCAACAAAAAUCAGCAUCCCCAUCAUCUAAGCAAAGCAAAGAGGAAACAAAACAAAUAGGAGACGACACAUUUAAUUGAGACGAAGACGGCCACUACAAGAGCAACAGAAAAGAAGACUGAACCAUUUAGAACAACAAUUCUUGCUCUAAUAAAUACGCCAGGACUCCAAAAUAACUCUACCUAUAACGUCAUCCUAAAUCGGGGAAUCCCACCCCAUUAAAGUACGCGAUUGAUAUUAGCUUUGUUAAAAAAAAAACUAAACCUCAACUUAUCUUGGAAGCGAUCGUUGGCGCACCGCAACCAAACGCAUUUCUUUUUUUUUUGCCACCGUCUCAACUUUUGCUCUCUAAAAUCCGUCAUCUACCUCUUUACUGACAACCCCACUCAUAUACUCCUGCUGCACGCUAGCGUCUCGUUCAUAAGAAAGCAAUUGAGCUGUGACACAACCUCAACGCCGUCAUCACUUAUUAGCGCUCGUCUACGGCAGUAGUAGCGCACAAAACUUUACUUCUUGUGUUCCGGCUUAGUGUUUUCCCACAGUCAGUUGUCAUAUAUUUUACAUCACCAAUAUGGAUGAGUUACAUGUCGAAGUUCGACUCGACAAUGGUGCCUACUACAAGGGUAUGGUGAUAAGUGUACACCAUGAUGGCGUUUGCUGCGAGGUCGAUGGCGUUCCAGAUAUUCAAAAAUAUGCCUACAACAGUGUACGCUUUCCACCAGAAGUCAACCCAGAGCCACCGGUUUUCGAACAAGGUCAGGAAGUCGAAGUACUUACACGUCGAACGGGGAGUGAGGCAUGCGGCUGGUGGCUAGGCGUAUUGAAAAUGGUUAAUGUGGAAAUUUGUGCUGUGGUAUAUUCUGGCCUAGAUCAACACUAUACCGAAGUGGUGGACAUGGAACGAUUACGACAGAAAAAUCUGAAUCCGCCAUUAACACCCAAAUCGCUUUUCAAAUUCACAAUACCGGUACCCGAAGAACUGCGUGCAGAAGCAGACAAAGAGGACAUUCAUAAGGAAUUUCAACGUGGCAUAAGCGCUGGCGUUUGUGUCUACGAUCCUGAACUGAAUGCUUUAGUUGUAAUUUCUAAAUGGGAAAUAACUGAGAAACGAGCCAAUUUGCUUAAGGAAAUGCAUUUCCGAAAUUUAAUACAAAAGUAUAUGAUAUUGAAACAUACUGAGGAGGCUGCUCGCCAAUUGAAAUCAACGAAGCUACUUAACCGUGGGCACGUUCAUGUUUUUCAGGUGCGUGAAGAUUUGAUGGGUCUAGCGAUUGGUUCACAUGGUUCGAAUAUACAACAAGCCCGUCUUCUUGAGGGUGUUACCAACAUCGAGCUUGAAGAGAAAUCGUGUACUUUCAAAAUCACCGGCGAAUCAGAGGAAGCGGUACAGAGAGCCCGAGCCAUGUUGGAAUAUGCCGAGGAAUUGUUUCAUGUUCCUCGAGAGUUGGUGGGUAAGGUUAUUGGCAAAAAUGGUCGCAUUAUACAAGAGAUUGUCGACAAAAGUGGAGUAUUUCGAAUUAAGGUGAUCGCUGGUGAUGAUGAACCCGAUGCUACCAUACAACGUGAGCCGGGACAUGUGCCAUUUGUGUUCAUUGGUACCGUUGAAAGUAUUGUUAAUGCCAAAGUAUUACUGGACUAUCAUUUGGCGCACUUGAAAGAAGUCGAACAGCUACGCCAAGCUAAACUAGAAAUCGAUCAACAACUGCGAGCCAUCCAAGAGUCUUCAGUGAGUUCUGUGCAAAAUUUUCCUUCCUCGCGUCGUUCAGAACGUGGUUAUAGUAGCGAUAUUGAAUCGGUGCGUUCCAGUCGAGGGGGUCCCCGUGGACGUGGUCGAGGUCGCAGCGGUGGUGGCAACGGUGGCGGCAAUCAGCGCUAUAAUCAAGGCCGUCGAGGUGGUGGUGGCGGCGGUGACGAAGAGGACUAUUAUACACGUGGCGAAAAUCGAUAUAACGAUCGCAAUAGCGGCGGUGGUGGUGGUUAUCGUGGUGGCGAUCGACGAGGAGGCCAAAGACGUAAUAAUCGUAGCAAUGAACAAAAUGGCAGAGAUCACCAGCACUAUAAUCAAAAUAAUGAUAACGUACAGGAAGUUCGUGAACAAAGCAGUAUAGAAAGAGCUGAAAGCAAUUCCUCAUUUGAAGGCAGCUCGCGAAGACGUAGAAGACAAAAGAGCAACGUCCCCCAUAACACGAACUCUGGCAUGGUAAACAACAACAAAUCACAACAAAAUAGUAAGCCACCGCAACACAAUGCCGACAAAAACAAUCCAAGCACCAGUGGAAGUGGCGCUGGCAACGCCGUGGAUAGAUCAAAGCAGAAUGCAUACAACAACAGCAACAAGGACGCUAACAAUGUGGCACCGAACAAUAACAAGGGAGGUGAUCAACCAUUGGCAUCAGCCGGUGGCUAUAACAAUGCAACACCACAACAGAUGCCACCACACCAACAGCAGCAGCAGCAACAACAACAACAACCGCAGCAGCAGCAGCAAUUACAACAACAGCCACAAAGUCAAGCGCCUAAGGCUAGACGUAAUAAUAAAAAUCGCAAUCAAAAUCAUGCAAAUGAUCAUCAAAAAUCACAGCAACAACAACAGACACAGCAGCCACAACCACAACAACAACACACACAGGCUAAAAAGGAGCCUUUAGUGAAUGGAACUUCCUAAUUUACCGUGAUGUGGUGAAGAAAAGAACAAAAGCUACAGCAAAACUACAACUCCCACACUCAUACCACAUACAAAUUAAAAAAAAAAAACAAACUCCCAUAUGCCAUUAAUAAACAAAAAACUUCACAUGCACACACACACACUAUACAUUAAUAAAUAGAAAGCCCCCAUAAAAACGCAACUCAUAAUAUACACUCACUCACACACACACCCACACACAUGUCCUAGAUUUUCAUUAUACUCCCCACGCCCUCAAUUUUAUGUGUUUAAUUUUUUAUCAAAGUCCAUCAAACGAUCGAAAGCACAGCAGAACAACACAAAUUAGUAAGCAAUAACAUCCAAAGGAUUCCAAAGGAAUUUGCCCAAUUUUGUGCACCCUACUUUGCUAUCGAUCUUCUCUUAAUGCCCACUCCUCUCAUUUUCUCUACUUGCAAACACUCACAAUCCCUCCAUUCGUUCGUUUAUAAACUCCCCUGAAGAGUUUUUGCAGCAAUUUUUUUAUUUCUUGUUACAAAAACGACAAAAACAAAAUAUUCUGAGGAAAAAUAAAAAAUAAAUAUAUAUAUAAUACUAGUAA